AUGUCGAAACAGGAUAGCUUGGUACAGGCUGAGGCCGCCGAUGAUGAACUUGAUGAGUGGGACCAACGGAUUUUCAGUACGGGCUGUGCUGAGGAGCAACUGCGCAUGAACGAUUGCUACUAUGAGAAGAAAGACUGGAGAGCUUGUAAGGCCGAAAUGGAGGCUUUCAGACAAUGCUGGAAGCGUAAGGGCAAUGAGGAGCGUACACAAAGCAAGGACGCUCCCUCGAACGAGCAGUAA